CUUAGAAAUCCUGAAGUCCAUGCUGCAAUCAUCCAAGGGUCAUUUUUAACUCCAGUUGUCACUAAUAAACUGUAGUAAUAGCAAAAUGAUCAUAUCUGUUACAUUUGGGUUACUCUUUGCAUUCGUUGCUCUACCUGGACUUUUACUGGGGGACUUAGCUUUCCGUUGCCCGAGUUGCACAGCAGAGCAUAUGGCUGCUUGUCCUGACGACCCUGCAGCAUGUAGAGAGAUAGUGAGGGAGCCGGGCUGCGGCUGCUGUCCGGUGUGUGCCAGGAUGGAGGGGGAGCUCUGUGGAGUCUACACGCCAAGGUGCUCCAGUGGCCUGAGGUGCUACCCCAGCGUGGGUGCUGAAUUUCCUUUGCAGGAGCUCAUUCAGGGUUUUGGACGAUGUGGACAAAAAGUGGAGUUAGAUAUCACAACGAGUGUAAACCAACAGGCAACAAAUGAGGUGUUUGGGACUGAAAAUCCACUCACCAAGAGACCAAGCAUAGACGCCUGGCUUUGGCAGGAGUCCGCCAUCAAACAACACCUGAAUGAGCGCAAAACCAAGAUGAAAGCAAACCAGCUGGAGAAAGAGCCACAGACUGCCUGUCAGGAGGAGCUGGACAGGGUCUUAGAGGAGAUCUCCAGAAUUAGCUCUGAGGAUAACAGAGGCCCGCUAGAGAACCUGUAUGGACUCAAAUUUCCGAACUGUGACAGAUAUGGACAGUACAACCUCAAACAGUGCCACAUGUCCACCAAUGGCCAACGGGGCGAGUGUUGGUGCGUUAACCCCGUAACAGGGGUUCAAAUACCAGAGACACCUAAAGUUCGAGGGGACCCCAACUGUAGCCAGUUUCAGGAGGAGCUCUGAGUGAUGCCCACUGCAGCAACAUUUCACAAGCACACCUCAACAACCAUCAUACUGAGUUGGCUUUUCUUUAAAAUUUAGUCUACAAAAAGGAUCAUUUUUCCAAAUGUGAAGCAGUUUCAGUAUUUGUGAGGUUCUUUGCUUCUUAAAAUGGGGUAAGGCUUGAGGUUAGAAUAUUAAAUAUAUGUAAUGACAAUAUUCUUCUACUCUACUCUGCCAUCAAUCACAUUUUCCUACUUACAUGUUCAAUCUGAGACUUGAAAUCAGAUUUAUUCCAACUCAAGGUGUGGAUAGCAACACAUUUAUAAGUAUGUUUUUACUUCAUUGAAAAGAAAUUUUGCUCUUUUAACAGCUAAACACAGUUUUUAGCCAAUGUUAAUUAAACUAAAGUAAACUAAUCAUUUGUUGCUCACUGUUCAAGAAGUUUUUGUAGGAUUUACUUAUUAAAAAUAAAACAAAACAAAAAUUUUUGUUGAUAUGCAUACUUAAAUUACCUUAAAUGUAUAUAAUAAAAUAUCAAGGC